AUGUAUAUGAUAGAUUAUGUACCUGAGCAAGAACCAUGUAAUACUCUAUGUCAAAAUGGUGGUCAAUGUUUUCUUUCAUCAUUUUGUAUAUGUCCUAAAGGUUUUUCAGGAAGAUAUUGUGAAGUAUCUCUAAAUGAACAGUGUGGAUCAUUUUCAUCUAUGACAAGAAUAGAAAUCGAUUGUAUUCUAUGUGUUUGUUAUAAUGGUUUAUUUAUAUGUGACAUACAACCAAUUGGUCUUUGUCAUCGAAAAUCAAAUGUUGCUUUACCGCGUUCGUUGCGUAUUACUCGUGCACUUCAUAUAAUUCAAAGUCUCAUUGAUAUGCAAAAUGCUUUUACACGUGCGGCAAAUCCAAUUCUUAAAAACGUAAAUGCUACUAUAACAAGUGCACGUCGUGCUGGCGUACCAGUCAUAUUUUCACAACAUGGUCAUCCUGAUCCUGAGAAUGAAGUCAAAACAUCUGUUAUAGUUAAUUGGUGGGGUGCAUCAGGAUCAAUAAAGAAAGGUUCAUUUGAUGCACAACUUCUACCUAAUCUUGAUGUAGCACCGGAUGAAGUUAUACUUGAUGAAAAAACAACGUAUGAUGCAUUCUAUAAAACACGAUUGAAAUCUUUAUUAGAUAAAGAAAAUGUUGAUACUGUCAUUAUAUCUGGUGUUUUAACUCAAUUCUGUUGUGAAACAACAACACGUUCAGCAUUUGUUCAAAACUAUGAUAUUAUCUUUUUAUCGGAUGGUACAGGACCACCCUAUAAACCGACAUUAGAUACAAUAGCACAUGGUUUUGGAAAAGUAAUAACAUGUGCUCAAAUGCGUGAAAGACUUGAUGAAAUUGCUAAAGAUCGAAAUAAAUAA